AUGUUGCUAUGCACGAGACACAAGUGCGAAAAGCUAUGCUGUCCCUUUUCGAACUCGCAGUCCUCGAAAAAGGGCCGCAAGCGUGUUACACUAGAAGAUAUUAUGUCCGAUAUGAGUCUGUCCGAAGAGGAAAUGGCUGCGCAUAUGUGCACCAAGACCUGCGACAGAUUACUUGGCUGCGGCAAGCACCGCUGCCGCCAGUUGUGCCAUCCGGGGAGCUGUCCACCAUGCCUGAGAUCCUCGAGUGAAGAUUAUAUUUGUUCCUGUGGAAAGACGCAUGUUUUAGCGCCCAUUCGUUGCGGCACAAAAAUCCCAGACUGCACAGCACAGUGCCAUCGUCCACGAGCAUGUGGACACAAGUCCUUGCACCGGUGCCACGACGACUCGAAGCAAUGCCCUCCAUGCACCCAAACUGUUUUCAGACCGUGUGUCUGCGGCAAGAACAAAGUGCCAGUGCCAUGUACCAGCACGACGGCCAGACACUGCGUCCAUGAGUGCGGCAAGGUGUUGGACUGCGGGCACCAGUGUCGCAUAGUUUGCCAUGAAGGCGACUGUCCACCGUGCUCUUCAUUGUGUCUGAAAACAUUUCCCUGCGGCCACCAGCAUACAGAAAAGUGUCACCUGGACUCGCCGUGCGGAGAAUGCACCGAGGCCCUGACGGCGUUUUGCAGGUGCGGGCACCUGGCCUGUAGAUACAAGUGUGGAGAAGAUGUUGAAGUUUUCUGUAACGAAACCUGCUUCAACACCGAGCCGCCGUAUGCAGAUAUAUUGUUGCAUAUGUACGAGGCCCAUCCAGCAUGGUGUCGGAUAAUCGAGGACGAGGUGCGCCAGUUUGUGAUCAGCGAGGAUAGACGGCACUGGUUCAAGCCAAUGAAGAAACCCAAGCGAAGAUUUGUCCAUUAUUUGAUCGAGCACUACGGCUUGCAGGGCACUUCGAUGGACUAUGGGCCCAACCGCGCCGUCAUGGCGACCAAGACCGCGGCCUGCUGGUUGCCCCAGACCAGGCUGGCCCGGGCGAUCCGGCUUGCCAGACUGCACGGUGUGCCUAUAUCAGCCGAUGUGGGGGAUAGCGACGAGUUUGAUAGCAACUAA